AUGGCACCGGCCUUUGCACAGCUGGCCGCCGCACACGCAGCCCCGGGUAGCAUCGCCUUCGCAAAGGUCGAUGUCGACGCUGUGCCCGACGUGGCCAGCCGCUAUCGCGUGGCCACCCUACCCAACUUCACCCUGAUCAGGGGCGGUGAGCCGUUCCAGGAGGUCAAGGGUGCGUACCCGGCGCAGCUCCGGAGUGCGGUAGAGUCGAUGGCGAAGGAAGCCAAGGAGAAGGGCGGGGAGGAAGGAAAUGCGGUAAAGAAGGCCUUGGAGGACGAGAAUUGGUGA